UUCAACCUGGCUGCCAUGGAGAAGCGCGCGCUCCCCGGGCUCUCCGUCGCGCUCGCGGCGCUGCUGCUGAUUCCUGGGCGCGCGGCGGAGGAGUACUCCACCAAAACAGAGCCGGACUACGAGUUUGGGGACUACCGGGGCAAGUGGUGCAUUGACGACCAUGGCUUCGUGUACAGCAUCGGAGAGGUUUACUACCCGAGCCCCACGGCGUGCCCCUGCACCUGCACCGUGGACGGCCCCGUGUGCGUCCGACCCAGGUGUCCCCGCAUCCACCCGCAGUGCACGCGGAUCAAGUAUAAAGCGUGCUGCCCUGUGUGUGAGGCCAUGGCCAGGGUCUGCGUCUACGGAGGCAAAACCUACAGACUGCUGGAGGAGUUCAGGGUGUCGAGGUGUGAGCGGUGCCGCUGCGAGGCCAACAGAGAGGUGUACUGCAGUAUUUCCGACUGCCCGGCCCCUCACUGCGUGAACCCCACCUAUGAGCCCAACCACUGCUGUCCCAUCUGUAAGACUGGUCCCAACUGUUUUGCCGGCAGCAGGGUGAUCCCGGCGGGGGAACGUGUGAACAUCGACGAGGAGACGGUGUGCUACUGCACCUACAGGGACGGAACGUGGCACACCCACCCCCAGGCCACCUGCGAACAGCGCCCCCUGCCCAGCUCCACACUGCGUCCCCGCACUGACGCCCCCAUGGACGAGGACGUGGCGGGGAGACUGUUCCCGAGACUGGACCUGAUACCCUGAAGCAGAGUCACUGGUUCCAGUUCUCAGUCAGUGGGACUCAGAGCAGUGAAUGUUUGGGACUCAUGCUGAAUGCUCACCAGCAUUCAGCAUUAAAGUUUAAGUUUACUGAUAAGUACUGACAUACAUCCUAAUGAUGAAAUUAGAUCAAAUAAGAGUCACUAACAUUACAUAUAGGAAAUGGUCUAAAGUGUCGGGAAAGUCGUGACUGUUGUCACAGCGUCAAACAGGUGAGGUCUGGUGGAAGCCCAGAUGUUGCCCACAUCUGUUGUUUGUAAAACAACAGAUUCUGUUUUUGUCAAAAGUCCAGAUAAUUCCAUAUUACAGCCUGAAGAAACCUCAUCACACAGAACCAGAACUGUUCUGAUGUUCUCACUGACACUUUCUGACCUUCCUGUCUGGAGCUCUAACUGUGACACUAAUCAACUGGGACUACAGUGAUGACAUGUGAAUAUUGUACUAACAAAUAUAUAUUUACACAAACAUAUUUAAUUAUUUUGCCAUAUUUUAACCUAUUUAAUGUCGACCAGCUGCAACAUCCUGACUCCAUUCUGUCUCACCUGUCACACUGAGUGGUGCUGCACUGAUCUGGUUGAGAUAAACUUAUAUUGUUAACAUAUUCUGAUAUGGUUAUGAUAAAUUGAUCUGGUUAUGAUUAACUGAUCUGAAGUGAUGCUCCUGUGCAGGUCAGCCGAUGUGAUGAGUCACAUUUUCAGUUUUUACAUUUACUGCAGAAAACAAGAGAAAACCUUUUAAAAAUGUGACUUAGACAUUAUGUGUUUAGUAGAGACAUUAGUAAAUAAUGUGAAUAUGUUUAUGUGUGGUUUUAUUGAACUCUAUGAACAAAUAGAAGUUGUUUCUGUAGAGCUGUUUGUCACAUACAGAUGUUUCAUGUUUCCUGUUCUGAUCCUGCCAGACCAAAAGAAAAGAUUAUGAUAGAUUAUCCAUCAUUUUAUUGUGUCCUUUAUGACUACCGAGGUUUUGGAUGCCUGUUUCCUUAGUGUAAUAGAUCUCUUUAAUUUUAUUAUGGCUCUUAAUUUCGAACAAUUCCCUCCCUCACUCAAGAUUUUCAUCUGGUCACUUUUUUUAAACUUUCUGAAGGCGCCCCCUACUGUUUGGAUGACCUUCACGACUCCUCCAGAAUCGCCUGGUCCAAACCAGAACCUUGUUUUCCAAACCAAUAAUUUAUCCAGAUCUGUUCAUUUUUAGAACAAUAAAGGCAUUACUGAACGUUC